AUGAUUACCUUGUGGCCAAAAUUCUCACUCGUCGACAAAAUAACUAAGAUUAACGUAUUUCGACUGAAACCACUGCAGAAGAUUACACUCGGGGCACGAGUUGUUGGAGAUAGCGGGCAGGUGUUCGAUUCACACGCUCACUUCAUCGCUACCAAACAUGGCCAGGUUGAUGUUUGUAGUCAACCGUCUGUUGGCGGAUCUUACCGCGGGGUUUCAGCUAUGGGACUCUUAUGGAGCAUGAAACCAUCACCUGGGCAGAGGAAAGGAAUGCGACUGGUAAAAUCUGACGUCACUAAACCUUACAAAGUCGUCUUGGACUGUUUUGAUGGCCAUACGGAUCCGCAGGAAUCGAGGUCUUUGCAGCCUUUGUCUAGCAAUACGUUUGAGAAGGGGUACAUGGUGGAUGGAGUGAAGAGAAUUCCUGUGAGAGAAGGAAGAAUCCGUGGAACUCUUUUUCUUCCUCCGGGUGAUGGACCUUUUCCUGGUGAGUAACGAAAGAUUGACGUUUAUCUAAAAAGAACUGUUAGUCAAGAGUAGAAUAGUGUUUUUAGAGAUUAGAAUUUGAAAAGAAUCAGAGUCCGCUAUUGAGCUUUCCAGAUGUGUCCUGAUCUCUGUGCCCUGAUGACAUACAGUUCAGGUCUUUACCAAGAGUCACUUUUUGGGUUGGUAUCCUCUGUGUAAUGCUACGGGUCAUAAUUUCGAAAAUAAAACUUUUCUUCAGUUUACUGUUCUGCUACUUCAACAGGUCAUCAAAGAUCAAUUUCAUCCACCGCGCGCCGCAAAAGUUUGUCUGGAAACCCCAACCCAUAUCUCCAUGCUGCAAGGUGAUCUUGAAAGAAUAAAGGGAUAUGUGAUGUGGUUUUAUCAAUGGUUUCAACCAUUUUCAUUAAUGCAAAAACUCUUAGAAUAUCUCAUUUGUUUCAAACCCUUACGACGGCUUCUUUUUUAUUUUCUCGGUAAUGUCAGGCUUUAAUCAAUCCAAAAAAAGAAGUUACAGAUCUCUCUCGCUGAAAAAGGGUUCCAGAGGUUUUGAACUAAUAUUUCAGUUUCUGUUCGAUAAUCCAGUACAAAAAUUCUUUGUAAUAACAGUAAACAUGAAGUGAAUUUUAAAAAAAGACUAUAAGAAAAAAUCGAUGAUCAAAAUGAGUCUGUUACGCUGAGUAUGACUCAUUUCGUAAUUCGACAUGGUGUUCGCGCACAAUUUAAUUUUAUACGCUUUCUGAUGCUUUGGCAUUCUUCUGACGUUUUUUCCUUUUCAUCCAAAGACCUCUUGAUUGAAUCCAAGAGUUACCAUUGAGGUAAUAAACCAGUUCGAGUAAACGACAUUCAACGAUGUGUUGUUGCCUCCAGCAGUAUUUUACAUUAAGCGAUACUAAAAUUUUAUGUUAUGAAGUAACAGUGGUAAAAAGGAGAUAGCUCAUCAUUUAACAAUAGAGAAGCCUUGAUUGUGCUCUUCUCUGUUGUAAAGCACGCAGGAAGCGGCUAGAGCUCGAAAAAAGUGUAAGGAGAAAUACGAGACGUAGUCGAGUAAACGACAUUCAGCGAUGUGUUGUAGCCUCCAGCAGUAUUUUAUUUUUAGCUUGAGUAAAUUUUAUGUUAGGAAGUAACAGUGAUAAGAUGUUUUUGCUAUGAAGUAUUAGUUAGUAUAGGUAAUCACAUGAUUUCGAGUUUAAUUUGGAAUAAAUAAGCACGAGUAAAUUUUUUCACAGACUUGUGAUUACGUAAUAAUAUACAUGGAAAAAUAACAGAUAGCUCAUCAUUUAACAAAUAGAGAAGCCUUGACUGUGUUCUGUUUUGUUAUUAAGCACGUAGGAGGCGGCUCCUGCAAUUUGUGGUCUUUAAGAAAAUUUACUUUGAGCAGCUCGUGCAAUUUGUGGUCCUUGAAAAAUUUUACAAGUGCUUAUUUAUUCCAAAUUGCACGAGAAAAGUCAUAAUAAAUAGAUUUAGCCUAACCUAAAAGCGGAACUCGCAUUUUUCUUCCCGCAAGUCUCAAAGGCACAACACUUUGCCCCAGCCAGGAAUAGAACCCGGGUCGUCCGACUUGGAGUUCACUGGUCAACUCACUGACCGCUGGACUACUGGAAAAAGUCGUGGCGUUGGCGUCGAUUCAUUGGUUGCCGACUUGCCUGUUCCGGAAUUUUACUCUCAAUUAAAGAAAAAAAUUAGGGAAAAGUCCCGGAGAAAGUCGGACAUAGUGCAAUUAAGCAGAUGGCGUGACAGCUUUAGCUCAGCGCUAUGCUCUAUACUCUCAAAGAGCACGCUCUUUCAACCAAUGACAGCAUGCGUAAUAUCCGAACUUUAUUAUAAAAGUAUGCAAGAGCAAAGCGCGGGCAUCAAGUGCAAAAAUAAUUUAUUGAAACCCUGCAAGUGGCAUUGUGUUUUCGGUCAAAACAAUCGCGUACGACCAAAACUGUGUUUAUCUUAACCAAUAAGAAUUGAGUAAUUUUUUCAUGGAUCUCAUUAGCUUAGUCAUUCAUUUUCUAUCGUCGAUUCAGAGUGAUUUGGUCAUUCGUUAAUACUUAGAAUAUAGUUACUAUAUGAAUUUAAAAGUCCAAAGCUAUGUAAGCUUGAGAUUUAGCAAGUUUUCGUCACCAUUGCGAACCAGCAUAUCAAGAGGAGGACAUUUGGCUGCUAACACUAUCAUUGACGUCUUAGGCUUCAUCCAACCCAACGAAAAGGAUGUAAAAUAGAUUUAAAGAAAUCAGAGCUCUAAAUAGAAUCCUUUUAAAACAGAUGACAAGCAUUCCUAGCAUAUUACACGGAAAUUUGCUACCCUAUCUUUCCCCAUUACAUAAAACAUUGGAUCACACUCAGGUCACUGAAGUAUUAAAAAAAAUCAUUGAAAUCCACGAGGGAUGUAAAGCGAAAAAGAUUUUAUCAAUCAUGGAAAAAUGCACAAAGCUUUGUAGGGAAGAAUAAAGGAUGAACUUCAGUUAAACAUAAUGGUAAUAGGACCAAGUGGACUCCAUUUCGGUCUGUAAUCACGCUAGUGAUUAACAAAAUCGAACGACCGCGAUAAACAGUAUUGAACGACACAAAGUCCCGUUUCCAAUUAAUCAUAACCGUUCGCAAUUUCCGGAAAAAAAAAGAAAACGAAUACAUUUAGGACACAAUUGUAGUAGAGACCAUGUCUAAAGAAAAAACCUCUGUCCAAUUUGGAAAUUCCGCAGUUUUUUGUUUUUUCAGGAUAUGUAGUUGUUGCUAUGGUUAUUGCGAUCAAUGCUGUGAUUGGUGAAUUUAGCUGAGUGGACCUAAUAUGAUUGCUUUAACUGUCCGAUUACAGCAAACUGUCCGAUUACAAUUGAAUAGAAUGAUUAGUGAAGAAUAAAGCAGUUAAUGUACCAUUCAUAUUUAAGGAAACUGCGAUGGUUAUCAAGAUUCAUUCAGAAAAUGGCGGACGCUCCUUUCCUCUUGCAACGACCGCUCCACAAAGAAAACGAGGCGGAGUGCAUUCCGACCAUUGAACAGAUAAAGAUAGAUUGCAUCGUUAUCAUUUUGAUGAACUGAUCUCAACUGAUCGAUAAUGUGAAAAACUGCCUGCAAAACAGAAUUACAAGUCGUCUAUUUUAUGAUGGAUCAAUCCAAAUUAGUAAUUUCCGAUGAACAAAGGUAUCAGUUUAAUUUUUUGCCAAAAAAACCUGGUUCCAAUAUUUUCCAGCAAGAAUAUAUAUGUCUAACUUCCUCGUCAUUGUAAGCUCUAGAGAGUCGUGCGGUGAUCGGACAAUCAUUUUAAAAUGCAUUCCUUAACAAAAAUGAGCGAUCCACAAAAAGAUUGAGGACUGUACUGAGCCUCUCCAUUUCUUUCUAAGACACGCGUCGAGCGUUUGCUCACGUCUGAUUCCUGGCAGGUAGACAGCAACAGCAGCCCUUAGAUGUGUUACGCGGAAACUAGCGAAGGAAUUUUUCAUCAUAUGUCCGCCAUUUUGAGUGGUCCAAAAAUGUGUAAGGUUAUUCACAUGUUGUAUAGUUAAAGCCGCCUUUGACGUGUUAUUUUAUAAACGAUUGUUACUGAAUCAAAGCAAUAUCUUAAUCGUACGUAGUCAUAUCUUGCACUCAGUCAGUCAAUGUUAUCUUGACAGGAGUCAUAGAUCUGUUUGGUGCUACAUGCGGAUUGGUGGAAUUUAAGGCUUCACUUUUGGCAUCUCAUGGAUUCGCUACUCUUGCUUUGGCCUACUUGGGCUAUGAAGAUCAACCAUCGUCUCCAUCUUCAAUAAACUUGGAUUAUUUUAAAGAGGCUGCCAACUGGCUUAUAGGCCACCCUAAAGUACUUCCACAUGGUAUCGGCAUGCACGCUAUAUGCUAUGGCUCAUGGAUUGCAUUGUUGAUGGCAAGCUAUCAGAUCGCACCAAUAAAGGCCAUUGUAGCUAAUUCCCCUCUGGUAAUCGCCUUUCUUCACCCUUUCCAAUUAAAAGGGAAAGUCUCAGACAUCAUACCCCCUGAUGAGAGCAAGGUGAUGUCUUCAGAAAAGGGCAGUAUCUGGCGUUUCGCCCUACCAACUGGCAUUGAUUACAUGAAUCCAACAACAGUUUCCAAGUACUCAGCUAUAACACCAGUUGAGAACAUCAAUUGCCCUGUCAUGCUGGUUUCUGGAACUGCUGACUUGUACAACCCCACCGAUUUUACAGUAAAGUUCAUUAUUGAUCGCCUGAAGGAGAAUGGAAAAGAACAAUUGUGCACAAACUUGCGUUAUCCCCAAGCGGGACAUCUCAUCGAACCACCCUACUCUCCUCUUUGUGAUUUUUCUUUCAGCAAAUCCAUAAAUGAAUGGUGUGGUUACCCUUACGUAGCGUGGGGAGGGGAGACUGUUGCACAUGCCAGAGCACAAGAAGACUGCUGGCCAAAGAUUUUACAUUUUCUGCGAAAACAUCUCCAACAAGACACAAAGAGUGAGGAAUAA